CGCAGGCGCGCGGUGACGCCUCAGCAAGGCCGGAAGGAGCGCAGCGGAGGCCUCGGCGGCGGCGGCGGCGGCGGCGGCGACUAGGCUGUCGCGGCCGCUCCUGCUGACUGGAACCCGCGGCGACAGAAGCCCCAGAGCCUGCCUCGCGAGCCGGCGAGUCGAGUGGCGAUAUCACCAUCAUCCAGUCAUCUGAUCUCAACGUGGAGACAUCAUAUUAUGAGAAGACAUGGUCUAGGGCCUACCUCUUUUGAAGCACAUGGUUUCUCUCAGGAAGACAAAGAAAACAGAUUUUCUUAAGAAGAAAAACCUUGAGUCGGUGGUCGCCAUGUUUAGAUAUUAGCAAGCACAUAGGUGUAUGUCUGUGUUGGAAAAUGGCAGAGGGAAACAGCAAUGAAGAGGUGAUUCACUUAAACAAUUUCCACUGCCACCGGGGACAAGACUGGAUCAAUCUCAGAGAUGGACCCAUCACCAUAUCCGACUCCUCUGAUGAGGAAGGGGUUCCAAUGCUGGUCACCCCAGCUCCUCAGCAACAUGAUGAGGACCUGGAUGAUGAUGUCAUCCUGGCGGAAACAUACAAACCUCAGACAUCACGACCCAAUCUCAUCAAACCAGCUGCCCAAUGGCAAGAUCUCAAAAGAUUGGGAGAAGAAAGGCCUAAAAAAUCUAGAGCAGCCUUUGAAUCAGAUACGAAUGGCUAUUUUCCCGUGUAUAACAGCUCAUUGUUUGGUUCUGGGACACAGGAUGAUUCUGAGGAUGACUACAGUGAAUUUCUAGAUCUUGGGCCUCCUGGAGUUUCUGGAUUCAUGAAGCCAAGUGGCCAAACAGAAAGAGAACCUAAGCCUGGACCAAGUCACAACCAAGCAACCAAUGACCUCAUCAACCCCAGAUCAGAGCAGAAAGUCAUUAUCUUAAAAGAAGGUAAUCUUUUUCCAGAAGCUGAUCCUUUGGACACUCAGAACCAGUCAUCUGAAGAGUCAGAGACAGAGCUUUUAUCAAACCUCGGAGAAUCAUCUGAUAUCCUCGAUGACCAGGCCAUCGAAGAAGACUGCUGGUUAGACCACUCUUACUUCCAGUCUCUGAACCAGCAGCCCCGUGAGGUACCAAGCCAGGUUGUACCUCAGGAGCGGCGUCCAGAAGCAGAGCUGGGCCCAAUGCUGUAUCAGCAUGAACCCCGGGGGUCAGCUUUUCCAGGACCGGCGUUUGCAAGACCAGAGCCCCAGCAGGAUUGGAUUCCAGACCCUGCUUCUCCUCGGCCUGCCCAUCCUCUGGGAGAGCUUGAAGACCAGCAACUAGCAAUAGAUGAUGAAGAACCAGGCCCAGCAUUUCCGCUAGAAGAAACUCGGGAGCCCAAUUUGGGAAACCUUUGGGGGCAAGAAGCUUCUGACGUAGACCAGGAACUCAUUGCACUGUUGGUGAAAGAGACAGAAGUAAGAUUUCCUGAUGUAGCAAAUGGGUAUGUUGAGGAAAUAAUUCAUUUGAAGAAUUACUAUGAUUUGAAUGUACUUUGUAAUUUUCUUCUGGAAAAUCCAGAUUAUCCAAAGAGAGAAGACAGAGUCCUUAUGAAUCCCAGUAGCAGCCUGCUCGCCAGCCAAGAUGAGAUGAAGUUGCCUACAGUAGACUUUUUUGACUAUUCUAAAUUAGCUCCUCUUGACCAGCACUGCUUCAUCCAAGCUGCCGACCUCCUGAUGGCCGACUUCAAAAUGCUUAGCAGUCAGGACAUCAAGUGGGCCCUGCACGAGCUCAAAGGACACUAUGCAAUCACCCGAAAGGCCUUUUCUGACGCCAUUAAAAAAUGGCAGGAGCUAUCGCCAGAAACCAGUGGAAAAAGAAAAAAGAGAAAAGAAAUGAAUCAGUAUUCUUACAUAGAUUUCAAAUUUGAACAAGGUGACAAAAAAAUAGAGAAGAGGAUGUUCUUUCUGGAAAAUAAGCGGCGACAUUGUAGGUCCUAUGACCGGCGUGCCCUCCUUCCAGCUGUGCAGCAGGAGCAGGAGUUCUACGAGCAGAAAAUCAAAGAGAUGGCAGAGCAUGAAGACUUUUUGCUUGCCCUGCAGAUGAAUGAAGAACAGUAUCAAAAGGAUGGCCAGCUGAUUGAGUGCCGCUGCUGCUAUGGGGAGUUCCCAUUCGAGGAGCUGACGCAGUGUGCUGAUGCUCACUUAUUCUGCAAAGAGUGUCUCAUCAGAUACGCCCAAGAGGCAGUCUUUGGAUCUGGAAAGUCAGAGCUCAGCUGCAUGGAGGGCAGCUGCACAUGCUCAUUCCCAGCCAGUGAACUGGAGAAGGUGCUUCCCCAGACCAUCCUGUAUAAAUACUAUGAGCGAAAAGCAGAGGAAGAAGUUGCAGCAGCCUACGCUGAUGAGCUUGUCAGGUGCCCCUCCUGCAGCUUUCCUGCUCUCCUGGACAGUGACGUGAAGAGGUUCAGUUGUCCCAAUCCUCGCUGUCGAAAGGAAACCUGUAGGAAGUGUCAAGGACUCUGGAAAGAGCACAAUGGCCUCACUUGUGAGGAGCUGGCUGAAAAAGAUGACAUCAAGUACCGAACAUCUAUUGAAGAAAAAAUGACUGCCGCCCGCAUUAGGAAAUGCCACAAGUGUGGGACCAGCCUCAUCAAAUCCGAAGGCUGCAACCGCAUGUCCUGCCGCUGCGGUGCCCAGAUGUGCUACCUCUGCCGCGUGUCCAUCAAUGGCUACGACCACUUCUGCCAGCACCCUCGCUCCCCAGGAGCCCCCUGCCAGGAGUGUUCCCGAUGCUCUCUCUGGACCGACCCCACUGAAGAUGAUGAGAAGCUAAUUGAGGAAAUCCAGAAGGAGGCCGAAGAGGAACAGAAAAGAAAGAAUGGAGAGAACACCUUCAAACGCAUCGGGCCCCCCUUGGAGAAGCCCCCUGAGAAAGUGCAGAGGACCGAGGCCCUGCCGAGGCCCGUGCCCCAGAACCUGCACCAGCCGCAGAUACCCGCCUACGCCUUCAUGCACCCGCCCUUCCCCCUGCCGCCAGUCCGGCCCGUGUUCAACAACUUCCCCCUCAACAUGGGCCCCAUCCCGGCACCCUACGUGCCGCCCCUGCCCAAUAUGCGCGUCAACUACGAAUUUGCCCCCAUCCACCUGCCCCUGGAGCACAACCUGCCCAUGCACUUUGGCCCCCAGCCUCGGCAUCGCUUCUGAUGCCUGGGCCCCGCCCCUCCAGGGAGCCCUGUCGAGUGCCUGGCAGCAGAGGCUGGACGUAGAUGCUCCCUCCCACCCCCACCCAGGCCCAUGGCUGUGCCGGGCCUGCCAAGUAGGGGUGGUGGACUUGGCUUUCAGGAGGGUGGGCAGAGUUUCUUCCUGGGAAGGGCCACAGCUCCUUCAAGAGCGACCAGCCGGUGGUGGUACCCUGUGGGUGCCCAUGAGGAUUGGUCUGGCACUCACUGGGCAGAGAUCAGGGGCAGCAAAGCCCUCUUCCUGAAGAGUCCUGCCGUUCUAGCUUCCAGGUGGGAGCCCUGGCUACAGGGCACCCGUCUGUCACUCAUAUCCUCGCGGGAAUAGAUGCAGGGAAAUAUUUACCUCCAUCCCCAGCCCCUGGCAGACAACAGAAGUGUCUCAGUUAAAACCAUGUAAGCCUUCCUCACCACAGCAGUGUGACCCAUAAUAAAGUGAAGUAACAGCGCAGUUUGGAGAGCCACGAGAUUGGACCCGGGUCCAGCAAGCCUGGUUCUCCCGUCCCCCGCUCCGAGGCCUGCCCAGCGUGAGGUGUGCCCCACCGCCCUGACCAGCUGCUCCCAGUGAGGGGGUGACUGAGUAAUGUUCACAAGCCUGGGAACACUACUUGGGGGGGGAGCUGUGGACUGUGUCCCUCAGGCCCCCACUGCCACAGGGGUUCCAGGGUCUCCCCUCUUGGCCAUCGGAUGAGACCACAGGGAGCCACUUCAUGCAAUGGGAUGUUUGUGUUUUAUCUGAAGAAACAUUUGCCGUUCACUCAGUUUUCAGUUUUCCGUGGCCUACUCAAGUUUCCCUCAAUCCCUAUUACCUACCCCAUGCCUGGCAGCUGACGGUGGGGUUCCUGAAAUCUUCGCCAAACACAGGGCCUUUCUGAGCUCGCUGUGACAGCCAGGUGGCUCUCCUUGGAGCCGUGUUUGCCACCCCAGGUUCUCCCCGAAGGUGUGGCGCGGGCGCUGGCUGUCCCCAGGGCCAGGGGACCUGUCCUGAAGUCAGGACUCGUUUGGGACCCCCCGCCAUGCCGCGCAUGGACUUUGGCUGUCCAGCCCCAGCCAGGUGUCAGCCGCGCCCCAGCAGGCGCUUUGCAGCACGUCACCACACUCCAUCCUGCCUGCAGAGCCGCGGCCCCCAUGGGGAUGAACCUGCCUGGCCCCAGUGUUAGCCUCUGUUCUCUGGGUGACACUCCGAUGGCUGUGGGCUCCCAGAGCUCACACACACAGACCUCGGUGCAGCGGACAUGUUCCAUGUCUGGGCACCCUCUGCCACCAGCCUCAGCUGUUUUUCAGAGAUUAAGCUGGAGAGGAGAUGAGGCUGAGUUGUGCGUCCUUGCUCUUUUCUCCAGAUCUGGGCUUGAGGGGUGCGGGUGCCUGAAGAGAGGCCACACCCGCUGUCUGCUGCCAGGAGGCCCGCCCUGCCCAACCCUGCCCCCGCCCCUCAGGUGCAGCUGCAGGGUUUCUUCCUGUGCCUGGAAGACAUGUUCCGCCCCCCUGCUCCCCACAGGAGGGCUCUGAGAGCCAGGAGCUGCCAACAGGUGUCCCCAGGUGCUGCCUGCCUGCUCAGCUGGUGACAGUCUCAACCCAGCCCACCAGAACCUUCUAGGUCUCUGACCCAAUUCAUCAUCCAACGAGGGAGCCAGCUUCCACCUUGGCCCUGCGACCCAGGGUACAUGGCUCCAGGGAGGGCCUGGGGCAGCGGCAAGGACAGACAGACCUCAGGCAGGUAUGUGCCCGACACUGGCCCAGUGACUGCCCUAGGACCUGGCACGUAGAGGUCACCUGGCACAGGGAGACCAGAAUGAUGGUCCCUUCAAGGCCAAUCCCAAGGCUCGUCUUCUAAGACGAGUUCUGGCAGUUCAUAGCCACACAGGGCAGCUAGGGAACCACUCCUUCCUCUCUGAGCCAAGGGCACCCAAUUUCCAGUGUUCGUUCUCCAGCCAGCGUGUGGAGUGGCUGGCAGGUCAGCGGUCAUAGCGCCGUCACCAGGCGUAAGUCCCCGCGUGUCUGUGAAAUGAGCCUGUGUGUGUCCACAUGUCCUGGAGGCAGCACCUGGGUCUCAGUCUCCUGGAGAAGUGGUCUGUCCUAGUGAUGGGGUGGGGGCAGAGAUGGGACAGCCUCAUCUGACAAGACAGUCAGUGGCCUCCAGACACUAACGCCAGGACACCCACAGAGAUGAGCCCCUGUCUGGGGACAGCAGUCCCGGAGGCAGCCAGCACCUUCCCCUCUGGGCUGCUGGGCUUGCUCCCCGGAGUGAAAGACUGCCCAGUGGCAGUCCUGUUCUUGCCUUAAAACUGGAGAGAGGAAUCUAGUAUUUGCACUUAGCAAAAAGUUUUAAAACAAGUGUGCAUGACCAGUCACAUUGUAUAAAAACAGCAAAAAUGAUUAGUUUAUUACAUUUUUUUUUCUUUCUGGUAGUAAAAAUACAUAAUUGUUUAAACUACUGUGUGUAAAAAGCUUGUAUCAUAUGUAACUUGUUUUUUUUGUAAAUAGAUGUUUGUGCAGACUGC